AUGGAAAAGCACAUCUUGCAGCUCCUGCUGGUCCUGUCUUUGCUGGUGAUGUCCCUUCAAGCUUUGACAUGUAUCACAUGUGAUAGGAUGAAUUCUCGGGGAAUUUGUGAGGGGAAAGAAGGUUGCUGUCAGGCUAGACCUGGAGAGAAGUGUGCCUCACUCAUAACCCUUAAAGAUGGCAAAAUUCAGUUUGGAAGCCAGAGAUGUGCUGACCUUUGCUUCACUGGGACUGUUAAGAAUGGAGAUCAGACAGUAAAAAUGAACUGUUGCAACAACAAAUCUUUCUGCAAUAAACUAUAA